CGAGGCUGGCCCUGGGUACCGCUGGCGGGGCUCCCUUCCCCCGCGGCCGCCCCGGGGGACAGGCCCGGGCCCCUCCCGCCGGAGAACAAACGGGACAUUCAGCCGCCGCCCGCGGCUGCCAGGGCGCGUCCCCCGGGGAAAUUAGGCGUGGAGUCGGCCGCCCGCGAUCGCCUUCAAAAGCCGCCCUCCCGCCGGCCGCGGCGCACUUGGUACCUGGCUGCGGGCGCCAAGCGGGAUGCCGCAGUGAGCUGCCGGCCAUGGGGGGCGCGAGCGCCUGCAUCCCGCUCUGCCGCCUGCUGCUGCUGCUGGCCGCCGCGCAGCUGGCCCGGUCGCAGACCCCAGAGAGACCUGCGUUCACAUGUGGCGGCGUUCUUACCGGAGAGUCUGGAUUUAUUGGCAGUGAAGGUUUUCCUGGAAUGUACCCUCCAAAUAGCAAAUGUACUUGGAAAAUCACAGUCCCCGAGGGCAAAGUGGUCGUCCUGAAUUUCCGAUUCAUAGACCUUGAGAGCGACAACCUGUGUCGCUAUGACUUCGUGGACGUGUACAACGGCCAUGCCAAUGGCCAGCGCAUCGGGCGCUUCUGUGGUACAUUCCGACCUGGAUCCCUUGUAGCCAGUGGCAACAAGAUGAUGGUACAAAUGAUUUCCGAUGCCAACACUGCCGGGAGUGGCUUCAUGGCCACGUUCUCUGCUGCUGCACCAGACGGAAAAGGAGACAGGUACUGUGGAGGACGCCUUGAAAAACCUUCCGGCUCUUUUAAAACCCCCAACUGGCCAGAUCGAGAUUACCCUGUAGGAGUUACUUGUGUGUGGCACAUCGUAGCCCCGAAGAACCAGCUUAUAGAGUUAAAGUUUGAGAAGUUUGAUGUUGAGCGUGAUAACUACUGCCGAUACGACUACGUGGCUGUGUUUAACGGUGGAGAAGUCAACGAUGCCAAAAGAAUCGGAAAGUACUGUGGUGACAGUCCACCCGCGCCAAUCGUGUCUGAGAGAAAUGAACUUCUCAUUCAGUUUUUAUCAGACUUAAGUUUAACAGCAGAUGGAUUUAUUAGUCACUACAAAUUCAGGCCGAAAAAACUUCCCACAACUACAGCCAUGCCUGUUACCACCACGGUCCCCAUAACUACGGGUUUAAAACCCACUGUGGCCUUGUGUCAGCAAAAGUGUAGACGGACGGGGACUCUGGAGAGCAAUUAUUGUUCAAGCAACUUUGUGUUAGCGGGCACAGUCAUCACUACGGUCACUCGAGGUGGCAGUUUGCUGGCCACAGUCUCAAUCAUCAGCAUCUACAGGGAGGGCAACCUGGCCAUUCAGCAGGCAGGCAAGAACAUGAGUGUCAAGCUCACGGUGGUCUGCAAGCAGUGUCCACUUCUCAGGAGAGGUCUAAAUUACAUUAUCAUGGGACAAGUGGGUGAUGAUGGGCGUGGCAAAAUCAUGCCAAACAGUUUUGUCAAGAUGUUCAAGAAUAAGAACCAGAAACCCAUGAACGCCCUGAAGAACAAGCAGUGUUAGCCUGAGCCCCGUUACUCGGCUGCCCUUGCUCAUCACCUCUGAAAGAUCUGUUCUCCCCGUACAAUUUAACGCUGAGCAUUCUGAGAGUCGGGGCCAAGUUCGUCCUCACGUGAGGGAUGUGUGAACCCCCUAGUGCUGCUGGUGGAAGUUCUGAGCCUGCACUGUGAGGAGCAGAUAUCUGAGGACCCUCCCACCCACUGCCUGGGAGGGGACAGCAGGAAGCGCUGGCGGCUGGAAGCUUGUAAUAUACAUCUCUGUAGAAAGAUAUUCUAGAAUUGAGUUGUAGGGAGAUAUGAAAGGGAUUUUAUAAAGUGCAAUAUUUAUAAUGACAUUUGGUUACCUUCAAGCAUUUGCCCUGAGGUGUCACACGUUUCUCUUGCAUUUUUUAAAUCAAUGCUCAAUAAAAUAUUUUAAGUGA